AGGUGGGGGAAAGAAGGAAAAUUCUACGAGGGACUCCGGGACACGGUGGGAGUGGCAGGAUGGGACCGGGCGGCGGGGUGUAGGACCACGGCGAUGAGGAGGAUACCCCGCCCUGGGACGCGCAUCCAGGCUUGGGGUCUAGGGGUAUUACUGUGCGCGUUUCAUCUACGCGCGCAUUUCAUUUCAUGCGCUGGCACACGGGACGGACAUAGAGCAGUAUUAGGAAUUUUCAUUUUAUUUCCCGCCCCGAAAACCACGGCCGGUAGGGAUGGGUUUGACGGACGGAUGGAUGCAUGGAUAGUGUCAAAACAAGUCUGUACAGCACGCAAUGAUGACAAAAGGAGAAGAUCGGCCCCUCAAAAGGGUAUGACACGAUUUGAUACACGCGCGCGAGUUUCCGGGUCCAAUCCCCUUCAUCAUCUCUCACCCUCUCCUUACUCUCCUUCUCUCUGUGUCUCAUACUCCCCCCCCUCCCCUCUCUCUCUCUUGCUCUGGUCCGUGGUGGCUGCUGCUGCUACUGCUGCUGCUGGGAGAGAAAUCAGAAAACGAAAAGGGGAUACCGUGACUGAUCACCCCUUCUCUAUUCUUUCCUCGUCUGGCCCACCGACUUUGUGUAAAAAGGAAAAAGGGAAAGAAAAAAAAAGCUGAGGAAGAAACAAGUUUGCAGUGUGUGUGGGCAGUUGUAUAUUACCGACUCGACCAGCCCGGCCCAGCCUAGUCUAGUCCAGCCUAGCCAGCAAGCCCAAGAGAUAGAGAGACUCUUAGAGGGGAAGCUAGAAACCCCCAUUUUCCCCCUGUACAAGCGAAAAAGAAAACCUCGUUUCAUUAGACCCGUAAAAAAACGUUGUGCGGUGGCGUAUCGCGUCUGCGAGAGACCCGUCGAGGGAACCCGGCAAGGGAGGGAGGGGAGGUGAGAAGUAGGCAAGGGGAG